CUUGGGGAUGAUGGGUAUUAUCUUAAAUCCCGGAACGAGGUCGUUAGGUUGAUCUCUUGUCUUCCAGUUUCCAAUAAGACCGUGAAGGAUGACUUCCUCAUUGCUUCUGGGGAGUGGUUCGACGGUAUUCACUGUCCAACUCGGGCAGGAAAACCAGGUGCGGCGCUUUUAGGAUUGGUCCUUUUUGGGGAAAGGAUUUAGUGUUGAGGGAUUAUUAUUAUAUAUAUUUUUUUGCUUUCUUUGUAAUUGGAAAAUUUCAUGACCUGACCUCACUUUUCUUGGUUGUUCGCAGAAAAAAUUCACGUCGCUCCUCGGAUAGACCUUACGAAUGUGCCAGCGCUGAAUUAUCUUCUCAGGUCGGAGAUUUACGUUACCGAGGACAGACAGUUGCGUGCGGCCCAUUUGGUUUUGGGCUAUCAACCUCUGAGCAGGGCUUUCCAAGCAAUUGGUCACGCUAUAAGGGCGGGCAGUCCGAGGUUGGCUAGGAUUGACGUGUCCCGAGACGGGUUCCUAGCUCCACACGAUUUGCCACCAGUAGUGCUGCCUGGGGUCAGGAAUCCUUACUUAGCGGAGCAGCUUCCUCCGGUAAAUGAGCCUGGCGCGGCUGCUCUGAUUGAAGAAGAAACUGAAUCUUCCCGUCUUUCUCUUGAGGCAGAAAUAGACGAGUUUUACUUCGAGGAGGAAAUUCAGCAAAAUCCUUUAGGGGAGCCUUCCAAUCCCGAAGCCGAGCAGGACCGACAUUCUGCAGUUGGUGUUCCCCCAAUUGUUAUCUGCUCGGACGAUACCUCAGACGAAGAGGUAGAGCCCAUGGCAGGAAAGGGAAAGUCUCUAAAGGAGCUGAUGACAUCUCGGGGGAAAGGUCAGUCAUCACAGGUUCAGCCAUCGAAGGGCCCAAGUCCAUCAAAGGUCAAAACCCUUCCCCCUGUGGUUCCCCAAGGCGUCUCGGACCUUGGUCUUAAGGUUAUCCCGGACCUGAAGAAGAAGAGGCCGGUGGACACGCCAGAGGAAGGCGAGGUGGCUGUCCAGCCGACCAAGCAGCAGAAAACUACACGGGCGCCAAGGAGCAGAAGGGGCACCUCCUCGGACAGCAGGGAUGAGGGGAACCUUGCUGAAGUGCGCACUGCCCCUCGUCCAUGGGACCCAAAGUUGGAGCUGGAUGGGCUCGCCAUUCCUUACACUGCUUCGGUCCGAGAGUAUAAUCGUGGCCGGGCGGGGUACGUGGCGGAGGCCUUAGAGCAGCCCUUACUUCUUCCUAGGGACAUGGAGGCUUACAGGCGGUGCACUCAGUCCGAGCUCUUCCUAUCCCUUAAGAGGGAUCUCGCGCUGAUUACUCAGCAGGUCUUUGUGGCCGAGGAGUUUUGCCGUAGUAGCCGUAAUCUGGCUGAGGCUGAGACCCAGGCUCGGACAGAGGUGGAGAAAGCCUUGGGGUCCCUUAGGCAUGAUCACACUAAACUCACGGCUGAGUUCAAGGAUUCGGAGAACCGACGUAAAAGUGCAGAGGCCGGCCUAAAGAGUGCCGAGGAUCAGGCGGAGGACCAACGCAAACAACUGUACACGGCUCAGCUUAACCUUAACACCGAGAGGCAGGCAGUGCAGGAUCUGAGGACUGCCCUGCAAAAGGUGGAGGAUGAACUGAGGCUGGCAAGGGAGGAAGUCCAGCUGAUCCGAGAGGCCACGGAGGCCGAGAAGAAUGCUGCUCGCCAGCUUGGGGCCGAAGAGACUGAGGCCAGGUUAUCUGAGGAGAUCCCUGAGGUGUGCAGGGAGUACUGCGACAUUUCAUGGGCUCAUGCUCUCGACGCUGCAGGAGUUCCUGCGGAUUCGGCACUAAGAUUGCCCGAGAGCAUCUUCUAUCCUCCGGAGAUCCGAGUUAACCCUGAUGAAGCCCAAGUCACUUCGGAGCAAGACCUGGCGGUGCCUGAUGCCGUACUUGUGCCUGAUGUGGCUAAGGAUCCUGCCACUGACUCUACCGUUGAGGCUCCUCCUCCUCAGCCCGAGCAGAAAGAAGAUCCUCCCGCUGAAGCUUAGCCUUAUAGGUUUUCAACCUU